GGUGGUUUAUUGUCUGGCGAUCCCCGAUCAGAUACGCCCAGUCCGAACAAAUUCACCGUGGACAAGCGAUUCUACUCAUCAUUACAAAUGAAUCGUUCAAAAUCAUCUCAAGUAAAAGAAAUGUCCCGUGAUCUCUCCUCGCCCCGUUUGGGUGCAUUGGCUGAAUCCGUCGUGGGGUCUCAACUAAGACGAGACAGUUUUCGAAAUCGUUCGAACAGCUGUACUCCUGUCGGUUCCACCAUGGACCUACAACCCGCAUUGGUGUCGCGCGAACAUAAGCUGUUCUCCCCGUCUGAUAGACUGGCCACGGAAUCCGCUCUUUCUGUUGCUGAAAUCCUCGACCAGAUGAUAUGGGGCUUAUGGGAGUAUGACAGCGCACACGGUCAACCGGGCCAUUCUCUGUUCACACUGUUACGCUCACCCUUCAAUUAUUUGAUUCCUUAUCGGAAACGGAAUGACAACUCGGAGUUCCCUAGUUAUCUAUUCGAAGAUAGUCCAGAAUUAUUUGCCGCGGCGACUUAUCAUCUGUUAUCCUUGUGUGCUUCCAGUCGUGUCCAAGUCCGAGCAGACGCGAUCAUCACACUCUACCUGCUGAUGCGUAAUCACUUUGUUCUAACCAAGGGUUCCACUCCGAGCGCUAUCUAA